AUGUCUGCUCGCGGUUUCUCAAAGGCUUUGAGGCCAAUGGCCCGCCAACUGGCCACUCCGGCCGUUCAGAGGCGUACCUUCGUCGCUGCUUCUAGCAUGGUGCGGGCCACCAGGAAAGCCGCCGUCGCUCCUGCUCAGCAGCAGAUCCGUGGUGUGAAGACCAUGGACUUUGCCGGCCACAAGGAGCAGGUCUGGGAGCGUGCCGACUGGCCCAAGGAGAAGCUGCUGGAGUACUUCAAGGACGACACCCUUGCCCUCAUCGGCUAUGGCUCGCAGGGUCACGGUCAGGGUCUUAACCUCCGCGACAACGGCCUCAACGUCAUCAUCGGUGUGCGCAAGAACGGCAAGUCGUGGAAGGACGCCGUCCAGGACGGCUGGGUUCCCGGCAAGAACCUCUUCGAGGUCGACGAGGCCAUCUCGCGCGGUACCGUCAUCAUGAACCUUCUGAGCGACGCUGCUCAGAGCGAGACGUGGCCUGCUCUCAAGCCCCAGAUCACCAAGGGCAAGACUCUGUACUUCUCGCACGGUUUCUCUCCCGUCUUCAAGGACCUCACCAAGGUUGAGGUUCCCACCGACGUCGAUGUCAUCCUCUGCGCCCCCAAGGGCUCCGGCCGCACUGUCCGCUCGCUCUUCCGCGAGGGUCGUGGCAUCAACUCAUCCUUCGCCGUCUACCAGGACGUGACUGGCAAGGCUGAGGAGAAGGCCAUCGCUCUGGGUGUUGCCAUCGGCAGUGGUUACCUCUACAAGACCACCUUCGAGAAGGAGGUCUACUCUGACCUGUACGGUGAGCGUGGUUGCCUGAUGGGUGGUAUCCACGGUAUGUUCCUUGCCCAGUACGAGGUUCUCCGUGAGCGCGGCCACAGCCCCUCGGAGGCUUUCAACGAGACGGUCGAGGAGGCCACCCAGUCGCUCUACCCCCUGAUCGGUGCGAACGGCAUGGACUGGAUGUACGAGGCCUGCUCGACCACUGCCCGUCGCGGUGCCAUUGACUGGAGCCCCCGCUUCAAGGAUGCCCUGAAGCCUGUCUUCAACCAGCUCUACGACUCGGUCAAGGACGGUUCCGAGACGAAGCGCUCGCUCGAAUACAACAGCCAGCCUGACUACCGCGAGAAGUACGAGGCCGAGAUGGAGGAGAUCCGCAAUCUGGAGAUCUGGAGGGCGGGUAAGGCCGUGCGCAGCCUCCGUCCCGAGAAUCAGAAGUAA